UACCCCCGCACCCCAAAUGAAUAACCCAUUCGCUACAACGAGCAGUCAUCUCCUCUCUCCCUCCUCCUUUUCACUUACCUCCUCUCCUCCCCCUCCGCCGCCUUCGAAUCCGACGAGCUCAUCCAAAACGACGACGAGUUAGAAGGCGUACAUCGAUCUCUUCCCGAUCUCGACUCCCUAAACCCUAACCCUAACCCUAGCCUCUCUCCCCCAAUCCGUCGCGAGCCCGAUCUCGAAUCGUCUUCCUCAUCCUUCUCCUCUGAAUCGAAGUCGAUCCAGUUCAGCCUCGAGCACUCGCUUCCCGGCGAUGGUGAUGGAUUCUCUCCCGCUGGAACCUUUACUGCUCGCCUCAUUCCUGGAGCCUUGGCGGCCAGAGAAAAGUCAUCUAUUUCUUUAAUGUCUAAAGAAGAGAAACCCAUGCCUCCUAUUCUGGGACAAGAAUCAACAAUGAACUACUCGCUUCGAGAUAUAAAGAAGCUGACUUCUAGAGUGUGGCAUCAAGAUGAGUUUCUCAAUAAGAAAAGGAGAUGGUUAAUGGGACUCCCUGCAGGAUCUAUGUUGGAUGGCAGCAAAAAGAAGUCUAAAAUGCCCAAGUUCCUGUCAGAUGAGUACGUGCCAGAAUCAUGUUUCAGAAGUAAUGAAGUUUCUUUUGAGAAAGUUAGAUCAAAUGUUGAGAAAAGCUUUGGCAGCUUUUGCGCAUUUAGUGGUGGCCAAGGAAACCAUCAUGUUGAGAAGAAACAGCUAACGCUUCUCACUCCUGUUUCUGCUUCUCUUAUGUCAUCUAUUCUCAAAGCUUUGGAAGAAAUUGACCAAAUGCCCUUUGAGGAUCUAAAAGCAAUGAACAAGAAGCUAAGGGGAGUCGCGCUUGUCCCUCAGUUUCCACCUCCACGGUCUGGAUAUAAAAGGGAUCUGCUACUUGAACGUGUGAAGAAGAGAUGCAAAAAAUUCAUGUCAAAUCUCAAGGAGGGGGCUGAACUUCCAGAAUCAUUUGCUAAAGCUUUAUCAGUUGUGCAAUUGUCUCUCAAACGGAGGACUAGAUGUCUUGAGAUAAUUGAGUCUGAAUUCUAUCCUUUUUCACCAGAAACAGUAGGACUGCAGAAUGAUAUACUAGGAGCUAUUUGGUCACUCCCAAAAGUCGGGAUUUAUGAGCUCAUUGCCUUGCAACCUCUAGUGGAUCCUGAAGCCAAAGUUGCUCGGAAGGUUUUUAGAAUUAAUCUUAGAAAAUAUUUAAUGGAAUAUCUUUUUUAUUGUGACGCGAUAGAUAUCCCAGAUGAAGUAUUGAGAAUUCUUGCUACUUUAAACAGAAAGUCUCGGCGUAGGCUCCAAUUGUUUUCAGCAAGGAUUAUGGAUGAAGAAGUAGAAGCUGUACUGAAUAUUUGCUGUCAUCUGAAAACAACUGCAUCGCACCUACUUCCAGACGAGAGAAUCGAUGAAAACCCUGAAAUUUUAGGAACUGAUGACAACUGUGAAAGUAAUGAUUUUGAUUUGGCUGAUGAAUGCUAUUGCUCUAAUUCUAACAGAAAGGAUCAUGGAUCUUGCUUAAAUGAUGAAGUAGAGGGUACAGGGGAUUCAAAUUUUCUCACAUUGAAGUCUGAUAUGCAGUUUAUUAAGAAGUUGCCUAUACUGAAUCAGGAUAAUCAUAUAAAUCCUCUCAAGCAUUGUUUUGAGCAGGCUUCCAUUUUUGGCGACUUCAUCAAGAAGUCUAAUUUGGAGAGUAAUAAUAGAAAUGAAGACUUAAUCAAGAGAUCUAAUCCAGAUCCAGGCAAUCAUAAAAAGACUUGUGAUCAUUGUCCUGAAGAGGAAUUGGGAGCUGCAAACAUGAGAGAAAUCUUGACCCAGGAGAUACCUGAUGAGACAAGUUUGGUUGCUUAUAGAUUGAUAGGCCAUAUGCUAGAUAAUUUUUUGCGUGCAGAAGGCAGACACAGUAAUGAAAUUGCGAGAUGUUAUCUUAGAGGCGGAUCACCUCUGGAUUCUUCAGCAGGCAUUGAAGAUUAUUUAAAUGGUUCAAAAGAGGAAACAGGAACUGAGGUUCUUAUUCAGUCUGUGAAAGAGUUGCUACCUGAUAUGCCAAAGAGAAGUAUAGAAAGAGUGAAGUGUUUAGUGACAGGAUUGGGAGGUUGAUCAAGGGGGAUUUUGGUGGCUGUGCUUGGGGAGCUGCAGAGGCAGAAUGAGCGGGAGAUUGCUCUUCAGAUUCCAGGUCUUUGACUUCAUGAGAAAGGAGGAUACAUUCAGACUCGAUCUAUCUCUCUACGGCGACAUGAUCCUAAUGUUGGGGGAAAAAACAAGCUGAUUGAAAUAGCUGAAAAGCUACUAUCAGAACUGAAAAAAGAAGGUUUACAGCCAGAUACAAGAAUAUACAAUGAAAUGAUAGGUGGCUAUUUAAAAGUUGGAAUGAUCGACAAAGCAAUGAAUACAUACAAAAUUAUGAGGGACUCAGGGUGCAAUCCUGAUAGAUUGACACCAACCAUAUUAAUAAGGAACCUUGACAAAGCUGGAGAAGAAGAGCUUGCGAGUUUUGUGAAGAAGGAUUGUGAAAAAUACGUGGAGUACCCGGAGAGAUUUCUAGAAGAAAUCAACAAGACAUAUCCACAAAGGAGAUCACUUGAACUAGUUUGAAGAGUUACAUGAAACGUAACCGAGCUGGACAUAAUUAUUUUGCGAGGGCACAACACUGUGUUCAAGUAUGAGAACUUCUGAGCAUAAGAGCCAAAUUUGCAUAAAGUUCACUGCUAUUCUUCCAAAAAGUUGUGCAAGAAGUUACAGGAAAAAAAUUCAGCCCAUCUGCGUACUUAAUUGUAUUUGGCGCGGCAAUUUUGUAGACCAUUUUGUAUAUGAUGCCUGAGAGAUUGAAGUUAUAUUAGCAUAGACAAGCAAAUUUUACUGUAAAAGUGGAAAGUUCUACUAAAUGUGCUUUCAUGAAUUAUGUUGGCUACAAUUAACAUUAUGGAUACAAGCACUUCAACUUUUACUAGUUGGUUUGUUGCUCCAUUAA